GUGGGGGAGGUGGCGGACGCAGGGGCCGGGUGCUGGCUGACCCAGCAAGUGGCUGCGGCGGGAAGAUGGCGGAGCUGCGCGCACUUGUGGCUGUCAAGAGGGUCAUCGACUUCGCCGUGAAGAUUCGGGUGAAGCCGGACAAGUCGGGCGUGGUCACUGAUGGUGUGAAGCACUCCAUGAACCCCUUCUGUGAGAUUGCUGUGGAAGAGGCCGUAAGGCUCAAGGAGAAGAAGCUGGUGAAGGAGGUCAUUGCUGUCAGCUGUGGCCCCACACAGUGCCAGGAGACCAUCCGCACUGCCCUGGCCAUGGGAGCAGACCGAGGCAUCCAUGUGGAGGUGCCAGCUGUGGAGGCGGAGCGCCUGGGUCCCCUGCAGGUGGCUCGGGUCCUGGCCAAGCUGGCCGAGAAGGAGAAGGUGAACCUGGUGCUGCUGGGCAAGCAGGCCAUCGAUGAUGACUGUAACCAGACAGGGCAGAUAACAGCUGGACUUCUGGACUGGCCGCAGGGCACAUUUGCCUCCCAAGUGACGCUGGAGGGGGACAAGUUGAAAGUGGAGAGGGAGAUUGACGGGGGCCUGGAGACCCUACGCCUGAAGCUGCCAGCUGUGGUGACUGCUGACCUACGGCUCAACGAGCCCCGCUACGCCACGUUGCCCAACAUCAUGAAAGCCAAGAAGAAGAAGAUCGAAGUGAUCAAGGCCGGGGACUUGGGCGUGGACCUGACUUCCAAGAUCUCUGUGGUCAGCGUGGAGGACCCACCUCAGCGUACAGCCGGUGUCAAGGUGGAGACCACCGAGGACUUGGUGGCCAAGCUGAGGGAGGUGGGGCGGAUUUGAUCCCUCCCUGAAACUCAGCAAUAAAACUAUGACCCUCUUAA